GUUGAAAGUAUUACUACGUCGCUUAUGACUCUUGCGAGUUUUCUAAUAAUAAUUAUUGCAUACCACAACUUCUUGAAGCCUCUCACACAAGCUAAACGAUGGAGUCUCUGGGUGAGGCGCCCUGGGAUGCCGUAAUCUGCGGUACAGGGCUGCAACAGUCCCUACUUGCAUUAGCUCUGUCGCGAUCCAACAAACGCAUUCUUCACCUCGACCCCAAUGAGUACUACGGCCAGCAUGAAGCUGCCUUCAGCUUGCAGGAAGCCGACAGCUUCGCCGCUGCCCACGCCUUGACUACCGCUGCCGCCGACGCAGAAAGGUCCAUCAGUGGUGGGGAUGGCGCUGCAGACCAAGCUACCACAUCGGUCGCUGAAAGCAGCAUCUUUCGCAAUGCCAGUGUGUGGAAGCAUGCGGAAGCUGAAGCAAAAGGGCUGUCUUUUUCGCGGGCUUACACGCUGGCUCUCGCCCCGCAGAUCAUUCACACGCGGUCGAAGCUGUUGGCGCAACUGGUGUCAUCCAGGGCGUAUCGACAGAUUGAGUUCCUGGCAGUUGGGUCAUUCUUCGUCUAUGAACUGGCACAUGACAAGCCCAAGCUGUCUCGGAUCCCCAGCAGCCGCGAAGAUGUCUUCUCGAGUCAGUCGAUACCGGCCCGGUCGAAGCGGUCUCUGAUGAAGUUCUUGAAAUUCGUCGUCGACUACGACAGUGAUGACCAGAAGUCUGUGUGGGAGGGCCAAGCUGAUACCCGACUGACUGACUUCCUCACGAGCCAGUUCAAACUAGAUGAUAGUCUACGUACAUAUAUCCUUGCACUCACAUUGACCUUGGAUGGUAAUGUCAGCGUGAAGGACGGACUGGCUAUCAUCAACCGCCACUUGACCUCAAUGGGCCUUUUCGGACCUGGAUUCUGUGCUGUCUACCCCAAAUGGGGAGGUUUGUCAGAAAUUGCGCAAGUAGGAUGUCGAGCCGGUGCGGUGGGUGGCGGUAUUUACAUGCUCGGAACCGACAUGCAUUUCCAGGGAGGUGCCGACAAAGAGCAAAUGUCACUCAAAUUGUCAAACGACGUGGACGUUCGGACAAAAACCCUGGCAACAUCCAGAAAAAACGCUGCAGCCGACGCUCAAACGGUAAGCAGGCUUGUCGCCGUCGUCGACUCUCCUUUGAAAAGUUUGUUUGAGAUACUCGUCGAGGGCGCACCCACACCAGUGGUGGCUGUCGUCGCGUUCCCGAGCAGCUCGGACCUUGCGGACGGAGAGCAGGCUUCAGACGCCCCAGUCUACGCCAUGGUGCAUUCCAGUGAGACAGGCGAAUGUCCUAAUGGUCAAUGCGUGAUCUACCUCACUACCUUAGCUGAGCCAGGCGCAAAGCAGAGGCUCAACCAGGCUCUCGAUACGUUGCUACAGGCUGUUUCCGUGAACCAGAACACCGCUACAUCUCUUUAUCAGCUGUAUUACGAACAGUCCAGCAGUGAAAAAGCUCCACUGAUCGAGACUCAUGGCUCGUCAACGGUGUUCUCCUUUGCAUCGACAUCCCAAACCCUAGCGUUUGAUGACUCAGAUUUGGAUGCAGUCAAAUCAGCAUGGACGGUAGCCAUGGGGAGUGAUGUGCGGGAAGAGGAGUAUCUGAUCUUCGAAGACCGCGAAGGGGCUGACGUCGAUGACGAUGUGUACGACUAAUUAGGCGAUAGUCUGGGUCGCACAGUGUCAAGAACGUAAUUCCAUGAUAGAUGAUUAAUGAGAAAUAGCACUGAUAUUCGUUGGGUUGUUAUAUGCAAGUUUCCAGCUAUCUAUGAAGUAGCAAAUUGGGCAGAGAGCAUCGUUGCCCUUU